AUGGAUAAAGAGAAUCUAACAGCAGAAAUGAAUUUCAAAGACUCAACUUCGGCCGUGAUAAAAAUCCGGCAACGGUUGCCGGAUUUACUACAGACGGUGAAGCUGAAAUACGUCAAGUUAGGCUACGGCUAUUCAUGCAACGCCACAACCAUUCUCAUUUUUGCUCUCGUCGUUCCUCUCUUGCUCUUUCUUGCCGUUCAAUUUCAGCUCACCGAUCUGAAACUCGACCGACUCUCAGAGCUCUGGUCAAACCACACCAUCCAUCUCGAAGUGGAGACCGCGGUCGGUUCAAUCGUUCUCCUCUUUCUCUUUGCUGUGUACUACGCGAAACGAGCUUCGCCGAUAUACUUGGUCGAUUUUGCCUGCUACAAACCGGAAAAUGAACGGAAGAUAACAGUGGAAUCGUUUGUCGAAAUGUUAGAAGAUAGCGGCAAAUUCGGAGAAGAAACACUUCAAUUUCAACGCAGAAUUUUAUCAAGAGCAGGUUUAGGCGACGAAACGUGUUUACCGAAGGGAAUAACUUCCCGUCCGCCAAAUCUAUGUAUGGAAGAAGCGCGUCAAGAAGCAGAAGCAGUAAUGUUCGGAGCAUUAGACGCGCUUUUCGCUAAAACUGGUGUUAAUCCAAGAGAUAUUGAUAUUCUUGUGGUGAAUUGUAGCUUGUUCAAUCCAACACCUUCGCUUUCUGCUAUGAUUGUGAAUCAUUACAAGCUGAGAACAGACAUAAAAAGCUAUAAUCUCGGCGGAAUGGGUUGUAGUGCAGGUCUUAUUUCAAUUGAUCUAGCGAAAGAUCUUCUGAAAGCGAAUCCAAAUUCGUAUGCAGUGGUUUUAAGCACGGAGAAUUUAACUUUGAAUUGGUAUUUUGGAAACGACCGAUCAAUGCUUCUUUCGAAUUGCAUUUUCCGAAUGGGUGGUGCUGCUAUACUGUUAUCGAAUAAACCAUCGGAUUUUAACCGGUCUAAGUAUAAACUGGUUCACACGGUUCGAACCCAUAAAGGAGCUGAUGAUAAGAACUAUAACUGUGUUUAUCAGAAAGAAGAUGAGAAUGGGAAAGUUGGCGUAUCGUUGGCUAGAGAAUUAAUGGCUGUCGCUGGAGAUGCUUUGAAAACGAACAUAACAACAUUGGGUCCAGUGGUUUUGCCAUUUUCUGAACAGUUGAUGUUUUUUGUGUCAUUGGUUAGAAGAAAAGUGUUGAAAGGUUCGCGUGUGAAGCCUUAUAUACCAGAUUUCAAGCUUGCUUUUGAGCAUUUCUGUAUUCAUGCUGGUGGAAGAGCUGUUCUUGAUGAGAUACAGAAGAAUCUGCAACUGAGUGAGUGGCAUAUGGAGCCGUCGCGGAUGACUCUGCAUCGAUUCGGAAACACUUCCAGCAGUUCUCUCUGGUAUGAACUGGCUUAUGCAGAGGCUAAGGGUCGGGUCGCCAAAGGGGAUCGGGUCUGGCAGAUUGCGUUUGGGUCGGGUUUUAAAUGUAACAGUGCGGUCUGGAAGGCGGUGCGCGACUUGCCGGUCGUCGGAGAUUGGCGGGGUAACCCUUGGGAUGAUUCUGUUGAUAAGUAUCCUGUUAGUGUGCCUGUUUCUGUUAGUACUUAA